CUCCCACAUCCACAACACUUGGACCAAGAUGGCGGCCGAGGGGGAGUACGAGUCGAUCCUGUGUGUUAAACCCGAAGUCAACGUCUACCGCAUCCCGCCCCGAGCUUCAAACCGCGCCUACAGGGCGGCUGACUGGAAGCUGGAUGUUCCAGACUGGUCUGGUCGGAUGAGGAUCACAGCCAAGGGCAAAGUGGCGUUUAUCAAACUGGAGGACAAAGUGUCAGGGGAACUGUUUGCUCAGGCGCCAGUGAAGGAAUAUCCCGGCGUCGCUGUGGAAACUGUCAGCGACUCCAGCAGAUACUUUGUCUUACGGAUACAGGAUGAUAAUGGCCGCAGUGCUUUUAUAGGAGUUGGCUUUGGGGACCGAGGGGAUGCCUUUGACUUCAAUGUAGCUUUGCAGGACCAUUUCAAAUGGGUGAAGCAGGAGAAUGAGCUCAGUAAAAGUGCCCAGCUCGGGGAUUCGGGACCAAAGCUUGACUUGGGUUUUAAGGAGGGACAGACCAUCACGCUCAACAUAGGCCAAGGCAAAAAAAGAGAUAAGCCCCGCCCACAGAGCUCGGGUGGUUUUGGACUCCUCCCACCACCACCUGGAGGCAAGAUAGCUCCUCCUCCUUCAUCCGGUUCAUCCAAUCACAACGUCGUCCCGCAGACUGGAGGCACAGCUACAGGCUGCCUGUUGGAGCUGGACAGCAGUAACUCCAACACAGUGGUUCAGUCCAACCCGGGUUCGGAUCUUUGGGGUGACUUCACUGCCCCUGCAAGCUCUGUUCCGCCUCCAUCGCGACCACAGAACACCACAAACUGGAUCCAGUUUUGAGUCAUCGGCUGUGAUUUUUCACCUCAUCUGUAUCCGUGUCCGUAGCUUUAUGUGCAUCACAUUGAGAGCAACUCCCAACACACUGAUCCCAAAGCAGAGGCCUGAAUCACCAGAGCUGUUGAACUAACUUUAUUUAGA